AUGAAGGGAGAGAAUAGGUCCCGUUCGUCCUGCCUCCUGCUGAUUAUUAGUGCUUUAUUCAAGGCUGCGGAGACACUUCCUGUGAAUGCCUAUGUGAGCUUACUCUAUUUCAACACCACGGGUAAYAGGUCUGUGUCCGAGCAGUGCGAAUGUGGCCUGUACGGAUUAAACUCUCCUCUCCUUAGCGCUCAGGGGCUUGUGGCCAUUCCUAAAUCUGCUAAUCUUCAAGCCUGUGACUUGAACACCCAGUUCACCGUCACGGAGCCGCCGUGGAUAGCACUGAUCGAAAGAGGCAAUUGCACUUUUGCCGAAAAAAUAAGGCUGGCAGCCAGAAGGGGCGCGACGGCCGCCGUGAUCUACAAUGCCCCGGACAAAGGCAACUACCCCAUCCCCAUGUCGCAUAUCGGUGCAGGAAGCAUCGUGGCAAUUAUGAUCGGCAACCUGAAAGGCACAGAGAUUUUACGCCGGAUUGAGAGCGGCAUGAAAGUGACUAUGGUUAUUGAAGUGGGGAAGAAGCAUGGCCCUUUGAUGAAUCACUACUCGAUAUUCUUUGUCUCCGUGUCAUUUUUCAUUGUCACAGCAGCAACUGUGGGCUAUUUCAUUUUUUAUUCUGCUCGGAGAUUCAGGAUCACGAGGGCCCAGUCCAGGAAGCAGCGACGAUUAAAAGCUGAGGCAAAGAAGGCUAUUGGACAGCUGCAGUUGCGCACCCUGAAGCAAGGGGACAAGGAAACUGGYCCUGAUGGAGACAGCUGUGCAGUGUGCAUUGAGCUGUACAAGCCAAACGAAGUGGUGCGCAUUCUGACUUGCAACCAUCUCUUCCACAAGAACUGUAUUGACCCUUGGCUCCUGGAGCACAGGACAUGUCCCAUGUGCAAAUGUGACAUACUCAAAGCUUUGGGCAUUGAGGCGGAUAUAGAAGAUGGGGCAGAGUCUGUGCAAGCUACGGUAUCCAGUGAAGCAUCAAAUGUCACUUCAGUUAAUGAAGAGGAUAGUAAUAGUGAAACUGCAUCGUCUGGAUAUGCUUCUGUACAAGGAGCAGAUGAAUCUGUUCUGGAAGAACACGCACCAUCAGAAAAUGACAACAUGCAUCUUGUAAAUAAUGAAUCCCAACCCUCCGCUGUGAAUGCCCUUCCACAUCUUGACAAUCCAACCUUUGAAGCAGAUGAAACACAAGCUCGUGAAGUCAAGACCUAAGAACAUGUGCAGAAAUUUGGUGUUACCCUUCUGCAAGGAGCUGUCAACAGCUGUCACAUGUACAUCAAACACCAUAAGAACCUGGUGGAUGACUAUAGCAGCAAAGGUUGCCUUGGAAAUGUCAAGAUCAAGUACACUUAUUUAAAUCAUCGUUACAUGGUUUGCAAUACUUCAACUUUCUCCUAUGUGGAAGUUAGUUUUAGCUCUUCAGCUAAAGCUGUCUUAAUGUAAAGAAAACCAUCAGAUUUUAACACUAAACCAAAUGUUCCAUCUUUUGUCCAAGGUUCUAUUCAGCAUUUGCAUCCUUUACGUAAGGAGAAGAUUCUUUGUUGUGUAGUAGUUGUCUAUCCCGGGAAUUGUUUGACUUUUUGUGUGUUUUGAUUUAGGAUUUUUAUUGCAGACAAAUUCAUUCUAAUCUGGUCUGAUAUUUAGCAGACACCAUUGCUCGGUGUAACACUGUCUUACUAUUUCUGUGCACUAAUUUGACAGGACAAAAUAGAGUCUAGUGUCUGUCAAACUGGAUUUUGCCCACGGUGUCUUUUGGUAUCUGGUAAGCUGAUUGAAUCUCUUUACUGCUCAACUCCAAUCCUUUCCUAAAGGAGAAAAAGGGCUUCAGGCUGACAGGCCAAACCUGACUUGCACAAUACUGUAAAAAGAACAAUUCCAGGAACUUUUCAAACUUGUUAAUAGUAAUAGACUGUCUGAAAGAUCUGACCUGAUUUGGAGUAAUGAUCAUCUCUAGCACCAGCAAUAUGCAGGAGUCCUGGCUUUGGAAGACUGAGAUGACUUCAGAAGACAAUGUAAGAUGAAAGGAUGGAUUCUUCUCAAAGGAUCUGCUGUGCUUUAUUCAGGCAACAUCAGGAAGAGUCCAACAUCUGAAUAAUGCUGCUCAUGAUCUCUGUGUGUUGUCUUGCCUGAGGCAGUGGCAGCUGAUGUCCUGUAAAUGCGACAGAUUAUUGGAGAAGUUUUCUGCCAUCUGUGAGGA